AUGGCGGACCCGAUCAGCAUCGUUGGCCUCGCAUUGACGGUCAUACAGAUUCUCCGUCCAGCAGUUCAACAGUUGAAGGAUGCGUACUCCAACGGAGGCAGCAUUCAUCAGACUCUUGAUGAACUCCGAGCCGACUCAGAGGCUGUUUGCGACCUGAUCGACAACAUACAUCGCGUUCUCAGCACCCCGAGCUUCGUCGCUGCGGUGGAAGAAGUGCAAGGCGCGUCGCAGGUCAACUUGCUAGAAUGUCUCCAACGAGCUCUUCAAAGCUGCGAGCGCGAGGCCCAAAGACUCAGCAAUUUCAUCUACGAUCUCGAUAUCUCAGGGGCUACGGGCCGCCUAAGGCAGGGCGUGCUUCAGUUCAAGCUUGAUAGACGCUCGGAUGACCUCCAACACAUCAAGCGCAACUUCCAGGAUCAUAAGAGCUCAAUUCAGUUGGCGUUUACAGUUGUCUCAACCUGCAAGCAAAUGCAGGUUGCUGAACGUGAUGCUCUCGAUGCCGCAAGCCUGAAAGCUCAAAUCAGCAGACUCGAGGUGGCCUUGGAGCAAAUCGGAAAAUUGCUAAACGAACGGCUAGCGGCGCCAGGUGACAAAGAGCAGACAGUGAUGCUGGAUGAAAUGCGAGAGCUCCAGCAUAGAUCUGCAAAGGUCCGACGCCGAGCCACAAUGCGACUCGACCAGAUUACGUCUAUACUCGAGGAGACGCAGAGCUCACGUCCUAUGGUUGACAGGACCCGCCCUCCUGUACCACCGCGAAGGGCCUGGAAGGAUCACCAAAAGCCGCCUGCAGGAUUUCGCCCGCCAAUUGACCAAAUCCCAGCCUCGAAGGUACCAUCAACUCCAACCACCCCAAGAGCGGAGAAACGCGUUGCAAGCAUGCCGGCCACCCCGACCCCAUCGACAAUCCCGCGAGUAAACGCCUUGAGCCCGGACACGAACAAGUCAGCCUCACCAGUGCUACCUGCCACCCGUUUUUCAGACAUGACUACAAAUGGUCUACAGAUAGAUGCUGAAGACUUCGAGGAGAGAGUUCUGUCACUUUUAUCGACCGCGUCCACUCAACGUAUGGGUACCGAGAAGCCAUACAACGACGAGACAAUUCUGGCGCUCGGGGAACUACUCGCAAUGCUUGGAAAGCAUGACUGGAGUGUACGACCCAGACUAUAUCUCGUGCUCCGCAUGAUCAAGGAAGUGCGAGCGAUGAACAUGCUCAUUGUCGAAGGGUUCAAGGACAUUCACUUCCCUUUCACUGAAGUCGACCUUACUUCCAACAAAGGUGCAGAUUCUUAUUUUGUCAUUAAGGAGCAGCUUGGGAAAGGCGGCUUCAGCAUUGUCCAUCGUGUCGAAAGCAGAAUUGAUUUGAUCGAAUACGCUUUAAAACGCAUCGAUCGAAGGAGCGGCACAUUUUCAAAGGACCGCAAGAAGCUGCUCUCAUUCGAGAACGAGGUCCAUAACCUCAAGCGACUGUCGCACCAUCAUCUGGUGAAGCUCCUAGGUUCAUACACCGAUCGAAGAUACAUUGGCAUCAUCAUGGAACCAGUAGCUGAUCUCGAUCUGCAACAAUAUCUGGCCCGGGAUGCGUGGACCACACAAGACUAUGUCGUCCUUCGGGGCUUCGUGGGAUGCUUGUGCUCCGCUCUGGUCUAUCUCCACGACAACAAAUGCCGCCAUAAAGAUCUCAAGCCGUCCAAUAUCCUGAUCAAAGGCGAGCAAGUGUAUAUAGCGGACUUUGGACUCGCUUUAGACUGGACUGAAGCGCAACGAGAGACUACGAUGGGCCAACCCGAAGCUUAUACACCGGCAUACAUCGCACCCGAAGUUGGCAUGCUGCAACCCCGUAAUACCGCUUCAGAUGUAUGGUCCUUGGGAUGCAUUUAUCUGGAGAUCGCCACUGUUCUUACCAAGAGACAACUGCGAUCAAAGGCUGAAUUCUUCCAAACCACAGGGACACUGUCAACAAAUUAUUGGCAGAAUCCAGAAGCAAUCCAGAGCUCGCAGUCAGAAGAUGAUAUCUUCCAGACGGCCGUGCUGAGUGAUGGCAUGUCGGAUGAACCUACCGUCAUGAACAACACUACGACGACAUCCAUCGGCAGUGACGUGACGCUCCAGGCCCCUCCCCCAAGCAUCGAAAAGAUAGUAUAUACACCUCCCCAUGUACCGGAUUACCUCGGUCAUCAUUCCACGGGAGGUGUCGGUCAGUCGCACCCUAUAUGGCUCAACGUCGGGAACGAUGCAAAUGUACCAUUCUGCGCCACACCUGCAGCUGUGACCGAGGAUAGCUACCCAAGACCGACAAGGGCUAGUAUGGAAAAGACCAACGAUGUGGACAAAGCUCGCGCCGAUAUACCGGAGAUGCAAGCAACGAAACCGAAACACAUAGCCAGAGAUCGCACAGGCAAACGUACCGAUCAUGAGCACGAAGCGGCUCACUUGCGGUUCGUGCAUAUACCAAAGGCCGCCGAACCCACGAACGAAGAAGACUCUUCUACUGUCAUCAGUCUUGCGGAAGCGUUUGCAGCCGAUGACGGCGCAUUCGAAUAUCACUUGGCCCUUCUGAGGGAGAAGAAUCCAAACUGGAGAGAUGAAAUCACCGGUCUAAUCGCGGCAGAAGCGCUUGACAAAUACGGGGCCAACGUUAUGCUUGUCGCCAGCAACUUCCGCGAUGACUCUCUCGCACGUGAUGUGAUUGAGCACGCCCUCUUUGUGGAGCCACAGAUCAUCCAUCAACGCGAUGUAUUCAAUCACACCGCAUUGCAUUAUUCGGCGAACAGGAACAGAGCUGGUAUCACGAAGUACCUGAUCAAGAAAGGUGCCAAUGCGACAAUCACGAACUUUCGAGGCCAGACCGCUUUCCAUGUUGCAAUCCAUCGACGACGCUUAGCGACUUACCAAAUUUUGCUCCGCUACCUUGGCGCUGCCGAUAUCAAUACCAAGGACGAUUGUGGUGAAACUUCACUGCAUCUGGCCUGCUACCAUGACGCGCCUACUGAGUUCAUCAUGAGUAUGUUGGCGGCUGGUGCUGACGCAAAUGUCGAAGACCUGUCUGGCAACACACCACUGACGAUCAGCGAAAAGAUUGGCAACUUGGAGAUAGCCGAUUUACUACGAGAGUAUGAAUCGGACGAGCCCGAACUUUUUCCGCCACCGCCACCGUAUCAGAGCACACUUUCUCUCGCUCGUCAACAGGAGCCCACUGGUUGCACGUGUGAUCUCUGUCGUUUGUUCCAGGCAGUCCGCAAAGUCGACGAUCUCGUCCCCGAUCUGGCGGAUUGCACGUGCACCUAUCAUUUGGUGCGCCUCUCACUCAAGACGUUGAGCGAUGUGGACUACAUCAUGUCAUGUCUGAGUUCGUGCAUGUGUCGGUCUUGUGAAGGGGAGCGUGCCCUGAAUGAUGAUCGAGAGCCGUGUAUUGACUUUCCAUCUUGCGACUGUGAAGAUUGCGUCGCUGAAAUCAGCCCACCGGGGCCGUUCACAAAUCCUCCUUCGCUACCCCACGGCGAUGAUUUCGCUGGCAUGCCGCUACCUCCGUAUCCAGAUCAUAGCUAUUACGACUACAUCAUCGAUGAGUGGACCAUUGAGGACGAUACAGACCGAUCACCACAAGAUAUCACCGCACAGGCCUUGGCCUGUCUUGCCCAAGCCGGAUUCAAAGGAAAGAAGUCCUAUCGGAAUGAGCCGGAAAAGGCCCUUAAAUGGGUCAUCAGCAACAACGCCACUACACCUUAUGUCUACAAAAUUGUGGAAAUUCUGCUAGACUGCGGAGCAUCGGCCAAUACGACAGACAAGAGUGGAUGUACUGGCCUCCACAUAGCUGCUCGAACACAAGACGUUCGUUUAGCCAUGGUACUACUUCAACGUGGCGCAUGGCUUGACGUGCCUCGUCAAGCGAUGUUCGCAGCGAAAGCGGAUUUCACCCCUCUCAGAUACGCGCUCUGGUUCGGGAACGCGCUAUCGCUUCGACAGCUCUUGUCAGUAGGCGCAAAUAUCAAUGACCAGUCCGUAUACGGUCGGAAUACACUACUUCACGAUGCAGUCACAAGCUUCGAUCUCCUAGGCUGGCAUAUACCGAUGCUGUUAGCGCAUGGGGCCGACACAGAACUGGCGAAUGAGGACGCAAACACACCGCUUCAUCUCGCUAUCUCGCUGAAUCAGAUUUUCGCUGUCAUUGCACUCCUAGAUGCGGGAGCCAAUAUCGAAGCCAUCGGGAAAGCUGGCGCGAAACCGCUAGCUAUGGCGCUUGAAGGCGGCAACUACGGCAUCAUCACUCUUCUCCUUGAUCGCGGUGCAGACGUACACUCACGUGCUAACGGCAUGACAUGCGCGCUAUUCUACGCAGUUCAAAUGGGCUACGUCGAUAUAGUGAGCAUACUCCUUGAAGACUACGAAGCGAAAGAGGACAUGCAUCGCACUGAUCUCACAGGCCGCAGUAUUUUACACGUGCUUGUGUAUACACAUGUCGAUCACAUGCUCCAUAUACUCGACAGAUUGAUCGAAGAAGGCGCAAACGUCAAUGCAGAGGACUACUCUGGGUCGACGCCGCUACAUGAAGCUGCGAAGCUGGGGAGUACUGUAAUGGUCAGUGGGCUGCUGGAAUAUGGGGCUACGAUGAAUGUACAGGAUCGUCAGGGCAAGACCCCGUUGGAUCAUGCGCAGGCGAAGAAGCAUCGUGAAGUUGUGGAGUACUUGGGUGGGACAUUGAAGAAGAAGGGUUGGUUUCGCAGGAGUUAG